CUCUGCCCAUGCAACUCUGAUUACCAUCCAGUAUGUUUAAAAGAGUGAAAAAUGAUUUCCCCCCUUCUUGCAGAUAUGAAUGACUGUGUCACAUGUCCAGAACAUCUGUAUCCAAAGAGGGACAGGACUCAAUGCCUUCCUAAGAUUCUAAACUUUCUGUCUUAUGAUGAGCCUUUGGGGAUCAUUUUAGCUUUCUUGGCACUGUUUUUGUCUCUGAUCAUGUCUGUGGUGCUUGGAAUCUUCAUUAGGUUCCAGAACACCCCUAUUGUCAAAGCCAACAAUAGGAAUCUCACCUACUCUCUGCUCAUUUCCCUCCUGCUCUGUUUUCUCUGCUCCUUACUGUUCAUAGGCCAACCUCAGACACUGACCUGCCUCCUACGGCAAACAGCUUUUGGACUCAUUUUCUCUGUGGCAAUUUCUUCUGUGUUGGCCAAAACCAUCACUGUGGUUCUCGCAUUCAUGGCUAGUAAGCCAGGAGGCAGAAUGAGGAAAUGGCUAGGGAAAAAACUGGCGAACUCAGUUGUUCUUUCUUGUUCUAUUUUUCAAGCGGGGAUUUGUAUGCUGUGGUUAGUCACAGCUCCUCCGUCUACAUAUUUGGACAUGCACUCUCUAGUUGAAGAAAUUGUAGUGGAAUGCAAUGAAGGGUCUGUGACUAUGUUUUACUGUGUUCUGGGCUACUUGGGAUUAAUGGCACUAGUAACCUUUGUUGUGGCUUUCUUUGCAAGGAAGUUGCCUAACACAUUCAAUGAAGCCAAAUUCAUCACUUUUAGCAUGCUGUUAUUUUGCAGUGUUUGGGUGACCUUUGUGCCCACCUACCUGAGCACCAAGGGAAAAUAUAUGGUGUCUGUGGAGAUCUUUUCUAUCUUGGCUUCCAGUGCAGGAUUACUGGGUUGUAUUUUCUUUCCAAAAUGCUAUAUAAUUAUUCUGAGGCCCAAGCUGAAUAGCAAGGAUCAAAUGUUAGUAAGAAAUAAGUAAGCAUGUCUAUAAUGGUCUAAGCAGAAGUCCUGCUGUUGAUUGUUUUAAGCCCCAAUAGUGGAGCAGAAUGAUGCUGCAUUUAUAAGCGAUAUUUUAAUUGUGACAGAGGUAGCAACUGCAGAAAACUGAAAACAAUGCGCAAGUUGAAAACGUAUUAUUUAGUGUGCAGUUCUAUGAUUGUCUACUCAAAUAUAAAUUCUAGGGAGCACAAUGAUGCUUAUAUCUAGGUAAAUGGGUUUGACAACCCUAUAAUUUGAUGUAUUUCUAUCAUGACAAUGUCACUGAGGAAAGGUUUUUAGAAAAUUGUUUCAGUGGCAUGCUCAUUUUUAAAAGCUGUAUAUGUAUGCUUAUUUCUGGUUUUAAAAAACAUCAUAAUGCAAAAAUGUUGAUAAUAAAAUUUCAUACC